AUGUGGUGGUUUUGGCCACAUUAUGGUGUUUCGGGUAGCAGUGCUCUUCCGAAACAAGGGGAGACAGAGAAAACAAAGAAGAACCCUAGGCAAAGCAAACGACUAAAGAACAUGAACAAAAACCGAAGACUGACGAUCAAAAGGGUAAUGAAGCUUCUGCAUCAAACAAAGGAAAAGACAAAAUUACUGAAUAUGCUACGAAAGGAGUUAGAAGCACAAGAAACGGAGGCUGAGAUUGUGAAGAUUACUCUUGAAACUCAUAAUUCACUCAUUCCUCCAUGGUCGAUUAAUAGAACUCAAAAAGAAGCCAUUGAUGAUCCGAGUGUCUAUUGGCUUGAGCCUACGGUAUCUUUUGAGUUAAAUACCGAAGCAUAUUCUCAAUUUGAUUUUCCUAUUACUCCCAUGGAUUUUUUUUUGUUUCAUUGUUUUGAAGUGAUAGAAAAGGCUUUGAUUUUUAACAAAGUGAUGAAUCUGAAACUCUUCAAUUUCUACUUGAAGUAUGCCAAGCCUCAGUAUCGGACUUGGAGCUUAAAGAGGAUUAUGGGAUUAAAGGUUUGUUUGCCUGCACCGACUGAAGAUUUUGUGAAUAUAAAGUUCAAGGAUUUCGAGGGAUCAAUAAAGUUUUAG